GAUCAGUGUUGCACGAGCUGUUCUCUAGCUGAUGCAAUGGGGUUGAUCCUGCCGGAGGGCUGCUGAGAAAAGCGGCGGUUCCGCGGACAGAAUUCUCCAAGCUUGCUGUUUUGAAGUUUCUGGAUAAAACGUUAUAAAACACACUUUAAACUAAAAAUACAAAAGACUUUCCACACUCCUUAAAAUGGCAGAUAUUCCAAAUGGAAGCUUUUGCUCUCUUAAGCCACUUGAACUGUUUGAACAAGUAGCUGCACAAGGAGAAAAGGUCAGAUCACUGAAAUCCAAGAAAGCAUCAAAGGAUGAAAUUGAUGCUGCAGUUAAGUUGUUGCUGUCAUUAAAAUUAACAUAUAAAACAGUAACAGGUCAAGAAUAUAAAGCAGAUUCUCCUCCAGCAAAUUUCACUCCAGUCAGUAACAGUCCAGACAACAUUGAAGAAGAUGAUUUUGUGGAUCCCUGGACAGUGCAGACAUCCAAUGCAAAAGGGGUGGAUUAUGAUAAACUUAUAGUUCGAUUUGGCAGUAGCAAAAUUGAUAAAGACCUCAUCAAUAGAAUAGAGAGAAUUACGGGACAUAAACCACAUCAUUUUCUACGGAGAGGCAUUUUCUUUUCUCAUAGAGAUAUGAACCAAAUUCUUGAUGCAUAUGAACAUAAGAAGCCAUUUUACCUUUACACAGGCAGAGGUCCCUCAUCUGAGGCAAUGCAUGUUGGCCACCUUAUCCCAUUUAUUUUUACAAAGUGGUUACAAGAAGUAUUUAAUGUUCCAUUAGUCAUACAAUUGACUGAUGAUGAGAAAUAUCUGUGGAAAGAUCUGACCAUUGAGAAAGCCUACCAAUAUGCUAUAGAAAACAUCAAGGACAUAAUAGCCUGUGGAUUUGACAUAAAUAAAACUUUCAUCUUUUCUGAUUUCUCUUAUAUGGGGAGAAGUCUAGGCUUCUAUGAAAAUAUUGUUAAAGUUCAAAAGCAUGUGACAUUCAACCAAGUGAAAGGAAUCUUCGGUUUUACAGAUAGUGACUGCAUAGGAAAAAUCAGUUUUCCUGCUGUUCAAGCAGCUCCAUCCUUUAGCUCAUCAUUUCCACAGAUCUUCAACAAUAGGAAGGAUAUCCAGUGCUUGAUCCCAUGUGCAAUUGAUCAGGAUCCCUAUUUCAGAAUGACAAGAGACGUAGCCCCUCGGAUUGGCUAUCCCAAGCCAGCAUUACUGCAUUCUGUCUUCUUCCCAGCCUUGCAAGGAGCACAAACAAAAAUGAGUGCUAGCGAUCCUAACUCCUCAAUCUUUCUCACUGACACACCCAAGCAAAUAAAAACAAAGAUUAAUAAGCAUGCUUUCUCUGGUGGCAAAGACACGGUUGAAGAGCACAGGCAGUAUGGUGGCAACUGUGAUGUAGAUGUGUCUUACAUGUACCUCACUUUCUUCCUUGAAGAUGAUGACAGAUUAGAACAAAUUAAGCAGGCUUACACAAGUGGAGCACUGCUGACAGGAGAACUCAAGAAAACGUUGAUUGAAACUCUUCAGCCCUUGAUUGCAGCUCACCAGCAAAGGCGAAAGCAGAUCACUGAUGAAAUGGUGAAGGAAUUCAUGACUCCACGGAAGCUGGCAUUUGACUAUUAAUUCUACAACUGCAUGUUAAUUUAUCAUAAAGACCACAUGUUAUUGUAGUUUCUUGUUUUUCAUUUUUUUGCCUUAAUUAUGUACAGUCAUAGGCAACACUGCUUUUAACAAACUGUUAAGUUAUUCUUAAUCAACUAAUGGCUAUGUGGGAAAACCAUGUAUCUGCACUUGGGAAAAAACAGACAUUAGUUGUAGGUAAUAUUUGGACUUCAUAGGUUAGCAAGAUAAUUUAUUUCCUGGAGAAGAUUAUUCUUCCACAUAAUACCUGGUUUCAUGGAACGUGCUAUUGGGAAGAAAACUGACAUCACGUUAAUAAAGAAUUCAGCUCUGUGGAAUAUUUUUAUAUCAAGUAGGAGUUCCUGUUUCAACUGUAACUUAAACUUUUCAUUACAGUCAGUAUAUAUUUCUUUUCAAGCAUUUUGUUAUACUAAUUGUAGUACUGUCUUUCUAAAGUCAGGCAGUAUUGAUAUAUUUUACACUCAUGUUUAUGACUAACUUCAAAAGCAUAGAACAGUUUAAUUAUUCUUUGAACAAUAUCAAGCUGGGACAUACUCAAAGUGUGAUGAAGUUUUUAACAAUUUUUACAUUUUCCCAAAUCAUGUUACAUAGUAUUUCUAACAGAAAAAUAAUUAUUUCCUAGGAGCAAUAAGGCAUUUAUCAGAGUAGAAGCUAUUCUCCUCUUUGUUUCUAAGCAUCCUGAGUGCAACUAGUUACACCAAGCUAUCCUGUGAUGUCAGUAAAGUAGAUUUCAGACAAAGAAUAUGUUUAUUUCUGUUUUGCUUUUGUUUAUAUCAAGUGACUACUGUAUAUUUAUAGUUUAAUCGUUCAACGAAAAGCAAUCUGCAGAAUGGAGCUUGUGAUUCAGUAUCUCCUAUAUAUAUAAAUAUAGGUUCUUCGUUUUGGAUGCAAACAGCAA